AUGGUUGUUCGCAUUCGUCUCUCCCGCUUCGGAAACAGGCACCAGCCGUUCUACAACAUUGUUGUUGCUCAGGCACGGUCGGCUCGCGAUUCGAAACCACUCGAAGUCAUCGGCACCUUCAACCCCGUUCCCCAGCGCCCUACAAACCUAUCCGAGGAGGAAGCCCGCACCGCGAAAGCAUACAAGGAGAUCUCGCUUGAUCGGUCUCGAGCCAAGUAUUGGCUUGGUGUUGGAGCGCAGCCCAGUGGCUCCGUUUGGCGGUUACUAAGCUUGGCUGGUCUUGUCUUUGAGAACAGGAAGGUACAAAAUUGA